GAGCCCGAGAUUGCCAAAGUCGUGCACGAUUUCCGUAGAAGAGAAACCAAAGAUCAGAGCUGCGAAGCCGAAGAAUACCCAAGCGACAAGGAGAAGUGAUAACGCGAUACAAAAGACUGAAGCAAACAUGAGGGUAAUGUAUGCGACUCAGCUGGGCUGCAAGUCGCGUCUCAUCGAAACGCGUACACAUGCACAAACAAGCUCUACUUCCUAGCAGUGGACAACUCGAGUCCUUAGAAACAACCAUCUUUAUCUGGCUUCUAACUACCAUGAAGGUCGUAGUAAAAAACUGGCAUGCGAUUGCUCAAUGGAAGUGGGAUACGGGUAAUAACGACGCCGAUGAAGGUGAUGUCGAAGGAGAUGUUUGUGGUAUUUGUCGGGUACCCUACGAGGGAUGCUGUCCGACAUGCAAGAUGCCUGGCGAUGACUGCCCAUUGAUCUGGGGAGAGUGCAGUCAUGUCUUUCACAUGCACUGCCUUCUGAAAUGGAUAGGGACUGCAGCGUCGAAGCAGCAGUGUCCUAUGGACCGAAGACCGUGGGUGACGGCCGAGAGGAAAGUCGAUCCUUCAUGACCGCAUGACCUCAUUUGCCUCG